CUCUCUAGUGGUUAUUAUAUAAUUAUUCAACGGUUGCCUCCGCUGGUGACAUUUUGAGCUGGAGCCGCAGCUUGUGUUAUGCUGGUAGCACACUUGUGCAUUUGUGUGUGUCUGUGGUGAGCGCGUGUGUGUUAGUGUGUGUGUGUGUGAUUUUAUGUCCUUUCGCGCUUCAGCUGCGAACACAGAGCACAGUUAUCGGUGUGGACUCGGCCCAUACAGUCAUUGGUCUCCGAAGAGGAUCACAGUUGCGCUUUUCUUGAAAAGCUCGAGCUCUAGGAGUGAUAAAGAAGCGGGAGGCGCGAGCUGAGCUUCCGGGUGUUGUUUGGCUAGAGAAAGCGCUCGAUAAUGUCCUUGUAUGACUGGAGCCAAGUCUUUUCCCGUGUUUGGAGCACGGAAUUACUCCCGUUUUGAACUUGUUGCUGGAUCGUUUCCACCCUUUUGCCAAGGGGAGAAUUUUCUGGAUACUUUUGUGUGCAGAGAGGAUUGUUUUAUAUUAGAAAGAGAACGGAAAGCAUUAUUUUUCAAACCAGUCACUUUUACGCAGAGAUGUCUUCUCGCCGCGCUGUGGUUUUGUGAUCACCCACCAGAGCGUCGAGAGCUCUUCACCGGGACCGGGUCUCACACAGUGGGUCACCAUGGCAGCGGGAGUGGCGGCGUGGUUACCCUUCGCCCGGGCGGCUGCUAUAGGAUGGAUGCCGGUAGCCAGUGCGCCCAUGCCGACGCCCCCACCGGACAACCGGCGAAAGCAGGACGGGCUCAUCUUGCUCAAUGUCAGCGGACAGAAGUUCCAGACGUGGCGGAAUACAUUGGAGCGGUACCCGGACACUUUACUGGGCAGCACAGAGCGGGAAUUUUUCUUCCACGAGGAGACAAACGAAUACUUUUUCGACCGUGACCCGGAUAUUUUCAGACACAUUCUGAACUUCUACCGUACCGGGAAGCUGCACUACCCGCGCCAGGAGUGCAUCUCGGCCUACGACGAGGAGCUGGCCUUCUUUGGGAUCAUACCGGAGAUCAUAGGGGACUGUUGCUAUGAAGAGUACAAGGACCGGCGACGGGAGAACCAGGAAAGGAUCCAGGAUGACGAGGACAGCGAGAACCAGAACGAUAUGGUCCCGCCCGAUAUGACAUUCCGAGAAACCAUGUGGCGGGCCUUCGAGAACCCCCACACGAGCACCAUGGCCCUGGUGUUUUAUUAUGUCACCGGCUUCUUCAUUGCCGUUUCCGUGAUGGCCAACGUGGUAGAGACGGUCCCGUGCGGGACUUUGCCAAAUCGGGUCAAACAGGUGUCCUGCGGGGAGCGGUACGCCUUGGCAUUUUUCUGUCUGGAUACGGCCUGUGUCAUGAUCUUCACCGUGGAGUACCUGCUGCGUCUAAUGGCGGCGCCCAGCCGCUGGAACUUCAUCAAGAGCGUGAUGAGCGUCAUCGAUGUGGUGGCCAUAAUGCCCUACUACAUCGGCCUGGUCAUGACGGACAACGAGGACGUCAGCGGGGCCUUCGUCACCCUGAGGGUCUUCCGCGUUUUCAGGAUUUUCAAAUUCUCCCGCCACUCUGCGGGGCUGCGCAUCCUGGGCUACACGCUGAAGAGCUGCGCCUCGGAGCUGGGCUUCCUGCUCUUCUCCCUCACCAUGGCAAUCAUCAUCUUCGCCACUGUCAUGUUCUACGCCGAGAAGGGCUCCUCAGCCAGCAAGUUCACCAGUAUCCCAGCAGCCUUCUGGUACACCAUCGUCACCAUGACAACUCUGGGAUAUGGAGACAUGGUUCCUAAAACCAUUGUAGGGAAGAUCGUUGGUUCUGUCUGUUCCCUGAGCGGUGUGUUGGUCAUCGCUCUGCCCGUGCCCGUCAUCGUGUCCAACUUCAGCCGCAUUUACCACCAGAGCCAGCGGGCAGACAAGAGACGCGCCCAAAAGGCAUCAAAGGCAGCAGGCCAGGCGCUGGUGUGCAAGGCCAAUCCCAUGUUCGAUACGCACCACAAUCACCUAUUGCACUGCCUGGAGAAGACCACGAAUCAUGAGUUUGUGGAUGAGCAAACGUUUGAGACCAGCCUACUGGAGGUUUCCAUGGCGAAGCACCCGCCUCACUCCCCCUCCCUCUCCUCUGGCUCCUCCUCCCAAGGCCUGUCGUGCUGCUCGCGACGCAACAAGAGGAAGAGCUUCAACGUGCCCAACUCCAACAUGACUGGAGGGCAUAGGAACAGCAUCCAGGAGCUUAGCACCAUCCACAUCAGAGAGAGGCCCAUCACUAACAGUCGCUCCAGUCUAAACGCUAAGUUUGAGGAGACAGUGCCACUGAACUGCAAGCAACCCUACAUCACGGCGGCCAUCAUCACGCUGCCCAUGCCGCCAGUCACUAGGCCCGAGGACGACGGCUCCGCCUCCUCCCCAGACUACUCCCAGGCCAACAUCGUCAGGGUGUCCGCCCUCUAGUCCCCUCGCCCCACCCCCCACCAUCAUCAUCAUGGCAAUCCUAAGAUGAAGAGAGAGAGAGAGAGAGAAAGAGAUAGAGAGAGAUAGAGAAGCGAGGCCCUUCCCUGCUCCAAUCAGAGAAUGGCGUUUGCAGGAGGGGGUAAAGGGAGGUGUGCUGGUUAGGGGGAACAGUUUAGAGGGGGCAAACUAAGGCUGCAGGACCCUUUUUGUUUUCCUACACGGAGCUACUACACGUCUGCUCUUGUGGUGAAAUAACAUUGCAGUGUAAAGCUGCAGCACAAAGCCCUGCCUUGGAUUUGUUGGUGGGGGAGAGACUGUGUUGCCGUGGCGACUGAGAUGAGCGCCUAGCAACGAACACACAAAUGGAGAGCAUUUAGCCACCUGGCUAACUAACUAACUGCAGCUACUCCUUCCAAACACUCUUCAAGGGAAAACUUACCAUAACUAUUUUUUCUAUAUUGUGUGUCUUUAAAUGUGAUGUCUUAAAACUGAAAUGGGGGAGGUGGAAUUUGUUUUGGUUUUUAUUGUUUGUUAAGGCAGUGAUUUUGACUAGGAGAUGUAUAUUUGUAUGUUCUGAAAUGUGUGGAGUAGGAGAGAAAAGAAAAAGACAUUUAAAAUAUUUUGACAAAAAGGAGAGCACGGGGUGUAUGCACUGUGUGUGCAUAUGUGUGUGUACAUAUGUUCCUACCUUAUCAGAACCAGAAUGUCCGGACAAGUCACCAAAAUGUCCUGACAAGGUAGGAAAACAAGAACAUUUUUGAAAAGUCGGGACGGAAUUUGUUCAAAUCCAAUUUCAAGCUUAAGGGUUAGGUUUAUGGUUUGGGUUAGGUAAGUUUAAGGUUAGGAGUUAAGGUUUAAGGUUAGAGGUUUGAGGUUAAGGUUAGGGUUAAGGUUAGGUUAAGGGCAGAGUAUGUGAGUGGAGUGGAGGAGUGCCCAAUUUGACUGAAGCUCAGAGCGAGAUUCCCAAAGGCUGGAGCAUCAUCCUUCUCGCCUGCUUCAAUUUCGCUGCAGUAGCGCUCACUUCACGAGCUCAGGGCGUGCCCGGGCAAUCAUGCGUUUUUAGUCAAGCCCCUUGCUUCAACUACUGUCAUGGAGUUCACUAAAUAUUUUCAUAAAGAAACUGAUAAAACACACAGGUGCAAAAUCAAGGUGACUUACAAAGAUGAGGACCAAGAGCAAGAGAGGGAGUGUGGUGAUGUAACUAAAUAAUCAUUGUGGAAUCUGAAAGGAGACAUAUCUCGAAAGUAUGAUGGUGUGCUUACUACAUGCACAUGCUAACAGAAAGGAACGAGGUGGGUAGCUAAUUAAAGUGUGUCAUUGUAGCAAAGUAUUUAUCAACUAAAAAUCAGAUCGCUUAAAAGUUUCCUUCAUUUUUGCUCUAUUAUCUAUACAAUCCAACACAAUUGAUUUGUCCCAAUAGGCCUGGCAUAUUCCAACUUUCAAGGAGCUUUCUGUUUUGAUUGGCAUUUUUCAUUGAAUUUGUAUUUAAUUCCAAGUAAGUCAUAGCUGAUAUGCGCAAUUUAUAGACUAUAAAGAUUCAAUACAACAAAAUAUUGUUUAAAUGCUGAGCGCUUAAUGUCCCUGACUCCCUACCAGCCUAGUGUGUAGCACUCGCAGAUGCUUCACAAAGUAUUUCUUUGUAGGCUAUAGCCUCGAAAUAAUUGAAAUAAUGUAGCCUAAGUAAUUCAUUUCCAUUCCUUCUUAGGCUCCAUGUCUGGCUCCUGACCUAUUUAGAAUAUGUAUCAGUGUUGUAGAACUCGAGUCUCGAGUUCAUCAGUCUUGGAUACAUUUGUACUCGGUCUUGACUUAUUCUAGGACAGUGAGGACUCAUUUCAUUUCUUCCUGAGACCAGCGGAGUAAAUAAACUCAUAAUUAUCAGCUUCUAUUCAGUCAGCACAUAAAACCACUUCACCAGGCCAAACAUAUACACUUCUUUCUGGAAACAUUAAGACAGUAUGUUAACAGCCUUUAUAUCUAUUAUAGACAUGUUUCUGCAAUGGUGAACCUAUAGGCCUUCAGUGUGUGACAGGUUAGUACGGUGGUGAACCUGUAGGCCUUCAGUGUGUGUGUGACAGGUUAGUACAGUGGUGAACCUGUAGGUCUUCAGUAUGUGACAGGUCAGUACAGUGGUGAACCUAUAGACCUUCAGUAUGUGACAGGUUAGUACAGUGAUGAACCUAUAGACCUUCAGUGUGUGACAGGUCAGUACAGUGGUGAACCUAUAGGCCUUCAGUGUGUGACAGGUCAGUACAGUGGUGAACCUAUAGGUCUUCAGUGUGUGACAGGUUAGUACAGUGGUGAACCUAUAGACCUUCAGUGUGUGACAGGUUAGUACAGUGGUGAACCUAUAGGCCUUCAGUGUGUGACAGGUCAGUACAGUGGUGAACCUAUAGGUCUUCAGUGUGUGACAGGUUAGUACAGUGGUGAACCUAUAGGUCUUCAGUGUGUGACAGGUUAGUACAGUGGUGAACCUAUAGGUCUUCAGUGUGUGACAGGUUAGUACAGUGGUGAACCUAUAGGUCUUCAGUGUGACAGGUUAGUACAGUGGUGAACCUAUAGGCCUUCAGUGUGUGACAGGUCAGUACAGUGGUGAACCUAUAGGUCUUCAGUGUGUGACAGGUUAGUACAGUGGUGAACCUAUAGGCCAUCAGUGUGUGACAGGUUAGUACAGUGGUGAACCUAUGGGUCUUCAGUGUGUGACAGGUUAGUACAGUGGUGAACCUAUAGGUCUUCAGUGUGUGACAGGUCAGUACAGUGGUGAACCUAUAGGCCUUCAGUGUGACAGGUUAGUACAGUGGUGAACCUAUAGGUCUUCAGUGUGUGACAGGUUAGUACAGUGGUGAACCUAUAGGUCUUCAGUGUGUGACAGGUUAGUACAGUGGUGAACCUUGUGUGACAGGUCAGUACAGUGGUGAACCUAUAGGCCUUCAGUGUGUGACAGGUUAGUACAGUGGUGAACCUAUAGGCCUUCAGUGUGUGACAGGUUAGUACAGUGGUGAACCUAUAGGUCUUCAGUGUGUGACAGGUUAGUACAGUGGUGAACCUAUAGGCCAUCAGUGUGUGACAGGUUAGUACAGUGGUGAACCUAUAGGUCUUCAGUGUGUGACAGGUUAGUACAGUGGUGAACCUAUAGGCCUUCAGUGUGUGACAGGUUAGUACAGUGGUGAACCUAUAGGUCUUCAGUGUGUGACAGGUUAGUACAGUGGUGAACCUGUAGGUCUUCAGUAUGUGACAGGUCAGUACAGUGGUGAACCUAUAGACCUUCAGUGUGUGACAGGUUAGUACAGUGGUGAACCUAUAGGUCUUCAGUGUGUGACAGGUUAGUACAGUGGUGAACCUAUAGGUCUUCAGUGUGUGACAGGUUAGUACAGUGGUGAACCUUGUGUGACAGGUCAGUACAGUGGUGAACCUAUAGGCCUUCAGUGUGUGACAGGUUAGUACAGUGGUGAACCUUGUGUGACAGGUCAGUACAGUGGUGAACCUAUAGGUCUUCAGUGUGUGACAGGUUAGUACAGUGGUGAACCUAUAGGUCUUCAGUGUGUGUGUGACAGGUUAGUACAGUGGUGAACCUAUAGGCCAUCAGUGUGUGACAGGUUAGUACAGUGGUGAACCUAUAGGUCUUCAGUGUGUGACAGGUUAGUACAGUGGUGAACCUAUAGUUCUUCAGUAUGUGACAGGUUAGUACGGUGGUGAACCUAUAGGUCUUCAGUGUGUGACAGGUUAGUACAGUGGUGAACCUAUAGGUCUUCAGUGUGUGACAGGUUAGUACAGUGGUGAACCUAUAGGUCUUCAGUGUGUGACAGGUUAGUACAGUGGUGAACCUAUAGGCCUUCAGUGUGUGACAGGUUAGUACAGUGGUGAACCUAUAGGUCUUCAGUGUGUGACAGGUUAGUACAGUGGUGAACCUAUAGACCUUCAGUGUGUGACAGGUUAGUACAGUGGUGAACCUAUAGGCCAUCAGUGUGUGACAGGUCAGUACAGUGGUGAACCUAUAGUUCUUCAGUAUGUGACAGGUUAGUACGGUGGUGAACCUAUAGGUCUUCAGUGUGUGACAGGUUAGUACAGUGGUGAACCUAUAGGUCUUCAGUGUGUGACAGGUUAGUACAGUGGUGAACCUAUAGACCUUCAGUGUGUGACAGGUUAGUACAGUGGUGAACCUAUAGGUCUUCAGUGUGUGACAGGUUAGUACAGUGGUGAACCUAUAGGUCUUCAGUGUGUGUGUGACAGGUUAGUACAGUGGUGAACCUAUAGGCCAUCAGUGUGUGACAGGUUAGUACAGUGGUGAACCUAUAGGUCUUUAGUGUGUGACAGGUUAGUACAGUGGUGAACCUAUAGUUCUUCAGUAUGUGACAGGUUAGUACGGUGGUGAACCUAUAGGUCUUCAGUGUGUGACAGGUUAGUACAGUGGUGAUCCUAUAGGCCUUCAGUGUGUGACAGGUAAGUACAGUGGUGAACCUAUAGGUCUUCAGUGUGUGACAGGUUAGUACAGUGGUGAACCUAUAGGUCUUCAGUGUGUGACAGGUUAGUACAGUGGUGAACCUAUAGACCUUCAGUGUGACAGGUUAGUACAGUGGUGAACCUAUAGGUCUUCAGUGUGUGACAGGUUAGUACAGUGGUGAACCUAUAGUUCUUCAGUAUGUGACAGGUUAGUACGGUGGUGAACCUAUAGGUCUUCAGUGUGUGACAGGUUAGUACAGUGGUGAACCUAUAGGUCUUCAGUGUGUGACAGGUUAGUACAGUGGUGAACCUAUAGGCCUUCAGUGUGUGACAGGCUAGUACAGUGGUGAACCUAUAGGCCUUCAGUGUGUGACAGGUUAAUACAGUGGUGAACCUAUAGGCCUUCAGUGUGUGACAGGCUAGUACAGUGGUGAACCUAUAGGCCUUCAGUGUGUGACAGGUUAGUACAGUGGUGAACCUAUAGGUCUUCAGUGUGUGACAGGUUAGUACAGUGGUGAACCUAUAGGACUUCAGUGUGUGACAGGUUAGUACAGUGGUGAACCUAUAGACCUUCAGUGUGUGACAGGUUACAGUGGUGAACCUAUACGUCUUCAGUGUGUGUGUGACAGGUUAGUACAGUGGUGAACCUAUAGACCUUCAGUGUGUGACAGGUUACAGUGGUGAACCUAUACGUCUUCAGUGUGUGUGUGACAGGUUAGUACAGUGCUGAACCUAUAGGCCUUCAGUGUGUGACAGGUUAGUACAGUGGUGAACCUAUAGGCCUUCAGUGUGUGACAGGUUAGUACAGUGGUGAACCUAUAGGCCUUCAGUGUGACAGGUUAGUACAGUGGUGAACCUAUAGGUCUUCAGUGUGUGACAGGUUAGUACAGUGGUGAACCUAUAGGUCUUCAGUGUGUGACAGGUUAGUACAGUGGUGAACCUAUAGGUCUUCAGUGUGUGACAGUGGUGAACCUAUAGGUCUUCAGUGUGUGACAGGUUAGUACAGUGGUGAACCUAUAGGUCUUCAGUGUGUGACAGGUUAGUACAGUGGUGAACCUAUAGGUCUUCAGUGUGUGACAGGUUAGUACAGUGGUGAACCUGUAGGCCUUCAGUGUGUGACAGGUUAGUACAGUGGUGAACCUAUAGGCCUUCAGUGUGACAGGUUAGUACAGUGGUGAACCUAUAGGUCUUCAGUGUGUGACAGGUUAGUACAGUGGUGAACCUAUAGGUCUUCAGUGUGUGACAGGUUAGUACAGUGGUGAACCUAUAGGUCUUCAGUGUGUGACAGGUUAGUACAGUGGUGAACCUAUAGGUCUUCAGUGUGUGACAGGUUAGUACAGUGGUGAACCUAUAGGCCUUCAGUGUGUGACAGGUUAGUACAGUGGUGAACCUAUAGACCUUCAGUGUGUGACAGGUUACAGUGGUGAACCUAUAGGCCUUCAGUGUGUGACAGGUUAGUACAGUGGUGAACCUAUAGACCUUCAGUGUGUGACAGGUUACAGUGGUGAACCUAUAGGCCUUCAGUGUGUGACAGGUUAGUACAGUGGUGAACCUAUAGGCCUUCAGUGUGUGACAGGUUAGUACAGUGGUGAACCUAUAGGCCUUCAGUGUGUGACAGGUUACAGUGGUGAACCUAUAGGCCUUCAGUGUGUGACAGGUUAGUACAGUGGUGAACCUAUAGGUCUUCAGUGUGUGACAGGUUAGUACAGUGGUGAACCUAUAGACCUUCAGUGUGUGACAGGUUAGUACAGUGGUGAACCUAUAGGUCUUCAGUGUGUGACAGGUUAGUACAGUGGUGAACCUAUAGGUCUUCAGUGUGUGACAGGUCAGUACAGUGGUGAACCUAUAGGUCUUCAGUGUGUGACAGGUUAGUACAGUGGUGAACCUAUAGGUCUUCAGUGUGUGACAGGUUAGUACAGUGGUGAACCUCUGUGUAGACUCAGGUCCUAGACAAGACAGAUGUUUUUAUUCAAUUUGAUUUACUGUUUUAUUUACUGCAUUGUCCAAAUGCACGGCCGCAUCCCUACUCUAUAUUGCUAUAUAGAAAUGUCAAAAAUAUCUUAGUAUACAUAACUCCCAAACAUUCUAAGAAUUUAUGAAAAUGUGAUCGCUUGUCAGAAAAUGUUUUUUAAAAAGUGUCAUUCUUCCUGUGGGUUCAUAUGAACAGAUUUGAAUAAGAUUUCAUGUUGCUAAAAUGCUGUCAGUUCCACUUUAAAUGCAACAAUGUUUCACACACAAGUUAUUUUCUAAGGGAUGACUUAACAACAGCAAACGCGCUGCAAUUAAAAACAGUUUCACUCACCAGAUGAUCAUUUGAAACGUAACUUGUUGAACGUUUUCUUGAAAAGGGAGAAGCUAACAAAUUAGCAACAACCUCCUCUUUGAUAACACCUGCUGCAGCUGCUGCAAACUAGCUGACAACAAAAGGUAGCUAGCUAGACCGUGGGAAAACUACCGCUUGCUAAUGCGCUGUUGGGCCUUCAAGAAGGCAGAAAUUUCCAUACAUUUUGGAAAAACGGUCCCACCCAUUAAGUCAAAAUGUGAUUGGUUGAUUCCACUGUCACUCCAAUAUUUUGACCUAAUACAGUUGAAUGGCCAAUGCCUUUAUCUAGCUUCUGAUGGCCUAGCCAAUGGCUGAUGUGGAGCUCAAUGAGCGAUGAGCGGGAUUUCCUACAGCUCAACUCCGCUCACAUACUCUGAAUGAGGGUUAGGGAAAAUAGGAUUUUGAAUUGGAAUACAUUUUUACUCCCAAAAAAGUCCUGAAAAGUGUGUGCGUGUGGGUGUGCAUGGUUUCCAACCUUAUCAGGAUCACAAUGUCCUAACAAUUCACCAGAAUGGCCUGAUAAGGAAAACAAAAACAUUUCUGAAAAUCUGGACUUUUUUCAUGUCCUGAAUUUGUUAAAAUGCUAUUUUAUGGGUUAGGUUUAGGGUUACAUUUAGGGUUAGGGUUCAGGUUAAGGUUAGGUUUAAGAGGGUUUCUGUUUGUGCUGGUAUCAAACCUUGGGUUGCACAGACCUAUUGCAACUUCUGCUCUGUCUGUAUAUUGCAAAUCAGUGUUAAGGUUAGGGUUAAGGGUAAUAUGAUUUUGAGUGGGAAUCAAUGGUUUGGUCCCCACAAGCAUAGUAAAAUAAAUAGGGAGGGCUACUGUGUGUAUGGGCAGGGCUUUUUGUGUGUGUGUGUGUGUGUGUGUGUGCGUGCGUGCGUGCAUGUGCGUGUGUGUGCAUGACCCCAUUGCUCUCACCAGUAUGUGUAUGUGUGACAUUAGCAUGAGCAUUAAGGGUUGAGUCCUCAGUGUGUGUGCUGUAUAUAUUGGUGAUCUAGCAUAUCACACUCUCCCUUUCUCUCAGAGCUGACUUACUUGUGUACCUACUUGUGUGAAAGAGAUGAUUGUUCCUCUCCUGUCCGUCCUGUCCUCUCUAACCGAACGGCCAUUGUGAAUACUGAAUACCUUUGCUGCCAUUUUGAAACUAUCCUCCUCUCUCCACCAGAGUUGACUUCUUCAUUUGUCGUGGUUUGUCGUUCAAAGCAGCACCCACAUGAUGCCUGACCUUGAAAUGGGUUUAUUGUUUCUUUAUUGAGGAUUUAUUGAGGUUUUUAUAGAUACAUUGAGGAAUUUAUCCAAACUCCAGUGUUGUGUUUUGUCUUGUUUUAUGCAUCGUGGACAUGCUAAAGCCGAUUGACUGAGGGGACUAGAAGAGGUCUUAUAUGAACACACAGAUAUUUGAGUCCAUUCCAUUUUGAUACAAAGAUGAUUUUCUUCUGAAUAUGAGGAUAAAACUGUGAUUAGACUUUUAUUUUGGAGGUCUCUGUUCAUUUGAAGUGCAUGUUGGUUUGCUACAGACAGUAUGAAGUUUGUUUUGUUCCUGAUUUGUACCACACAAGCCUCCAUACUUUACCACCAAAUGGAGGUUUGUUAUGGGAAAUGAAAUUCAUAGUGUAAAGAAAGCUCCUGUACCAGUCUACCAAACAUGAUUGACUGAUAUGUUUAUUGAGCUGUUGGGGUUUGACUCUAUGAUAAUUCUAUCUUGUCGUGACUGAUAGGGCUCAGCUAUCAUCGUAGCUAGAACACUCUCAGCACUUGGCGGGGAUGGAAUCCUGUAACCAUUCCAAAUCAGUGCAACGAAAUCAGUGCAAAUGCAUUGAAUGACACUUUAAUAUCCAGCGAGCUGAUUUAACAAUAUUAUAUUUCUCAGCUGUGAGAUCUCGGGAGGUUUAAUCGAGAACUUGUCGUUUUCCUAAUGACGAUGGAUAUUUUUCUUUACACUUUUAUGUUUUCCAAGAUGGCUGACGUCGUUGAACUGAACGUGGCUCUUGAGACUGCUGAAGCGAAUGCCACACCCCCUGCUCCAACCCCCGCCCCUUUCCCACCGCCCCGCCCCCAAACCUGUCCACCCCACCAUCACUGCUUGACUAUGAUGUGACAUAUGCAACAAUGUUUUUGUUUGUUGGUGAAGAUAUGCUUUGUAUCAGAGGGAGAGAGAGUGGGAGGGGGGCAAUAGAGAAACGCAAAUACAUAUUUUUUAAAAUAUCAAAUGAUGUUGAUAAAAUUAUAACUGUCUUUUUUUUCAUGUAAAAAGAAAAAAGAAUUACAACUGUUGCUAGUGCACAUGUGCUGUAAAUUGUUCUUUGGUGUAGUAAAAAUCAUCAUGGUUUAGUCGUUUUUAAAAAUCAUUUACACCGAAGGUUCUAGUGUCUUAUUUUAGUUAGCCUUCUGCUCCACCGCAUUUUAAGAACCGGCUUAAUAUUGUUCUAAAGGGAUUCUUUGAGAAAAUGCAUGCGUUUGCUGGAGAACUUUGAGUUUAGUGUUGCACAAGGGCAGGCGUUGUCUCUGUCUGCAUCCCAAAUGGCACCCUAUUCCCUAUAUAGUGCACUACUUUUGACCCGGGCACAGAAGGCCAUACGGCUCUGGUCAAAAGUAGUGCACUACAUAGGGAGCAGGGUACCAUUUGGGAUACAGCCUCUGUCUUUCAGUUUCCAUGGCUAAGUGAAAAACUUUUGGGGUAAAGGAGUGUACUUAGGUCUUGUACAUGAGAUUAUGUAAAUUGAGGAAAUUAAAAUGAUAAUUAUAUGACGAUUACUUUUGAUCUGUUACAGCUCGUGUAUAUGAAUUAUUGAAAAGAUAUUAAAAAAAUGAAAUUCAAUUGUUUAGUCCGGUGUAGUGUCUAUGAGUAAAUAGAAUAAAUCAUUGUCCUAUUAAAAUA